AUGUUCGGAGCCCAGAUGUUACAAGCUGAGGAAUUUCGUAUUCUUGACAACAUGAGGAUCACUCAGCUUUACCUCUACCCCAUCAAGGCUCUGCGGCCAGCCUCAAUCACGAGCGCUCAGAUUGAUCAACAGGGAUUCAAGAAUGACCGGCGAUUCAUGCUGGUGAAGGUUGAAAGUGACGGUAGCUUCAAGAAUGUCCAAACCAUUUACUUUCCGGAGUGCACGCGGCUGUUUCAAGAGAUUGAUGGGGACGAGGUAGUGGUCACCUAUCAUGCACCCAUGGUGCCUCUGAUCCCAGAGACCGCGGAGCAGAAUACGGCUUUGAGGAUACCUUUACGGCCUGAUACCACAGGACUCGACCCCAUUGGCAUCGAGUUGAUGGGAAGCAAGGCGACAGCAUACCGCAUGGGCCAUGAGUACAAUUCAUGGUUCAGUUCGUGCUUGGGUUACGAGACCAACCUGGUGUAUCUCGGGGACGGCAAGCGCCCGGUUCUUGCACACGCACCAGGCGAGAGCCAGGCGGAAGGCUGGCUCUCAACCAUCUCAUCCUACGUGACCGGCCGAGCCGACGAGCCUGACUGGAUCAGCUUCAACGAGGCGGCGCCGUUGCUCGUGGUAUCGGAAGCCUCACUUGGCGACGUCAGCGCCAGGCUCCCCGGCGACCAGGAGAUGGACAUGAAGCGCUUUCGGCCAAACAUCGUGGUGGACGGCACCGACAAGUGGGACGAGGACUUCUGGGGGGAGCUCCUGGUCGGGGGCAAACACAGGCUGGCCCUGACAGCCAACUGCGGCCGCUGCAUGUCGAUCAACAUUGACUACGAGACGGGACGGCAAGCCGACGGCGAGGCGGGUGCCAUGCUCAAAAAGUUGAUGGCGGACCGCAGAGUGGACACGGGCUCCAAAUGGUCGCCAGUCUUUGGCCGAUACGCCUUCCCGCUGGCGCGGCACUCCGAGGUUUCCGUCGGAGACGACGUUGCGGUGACGAAGCGCAUCGACCAGAGGGACGUCUGGCGCUGGCCGAAGUACAAAUGA